GGAUGGCCCAAGACAUUGAUUUCCAGCUCCGAUCAGAGUACUCGCAACAAUGUUGAAAGUUCUAGAGUGAUUUGUUGCUCGUGUGCUAAACUUCGAAGCUAAUCGCCACCCACAAAAAAUUUGGGCUCAGACAGGCGUGGAGGGGUGACUGACUGAAUGGUGGGAUGGCCGUGGAGCAGAGCUAGUGAGGGAGGAGUACAUGGCCAACUAAGAGAAAACAUGGAUUUGGAAAAUUCUGCAAUCGAGGACCUGCCUCACGUCGAGAAAAAGGUCCUUGCAGCUGGUCGGGAUGCUUGCUACAAGGCACGGGACGCAUUUUUCAGGUGCGUAGAAGCUGAUUCUGGCCACACAACACCAACAGAAAUCGCUUCGGUUGGACUUCUCUACCCCAAACAGUGCAAAUCGGCACGGGCCUUUUACGAGCAAAAUUGUCGAUCGACAUGGGUGAAGCAUUUUGACCGUCAAUUUUGUGCUAAGAAGAGGGUGAAGCGCUUAUUAGAUACGGGUGACCGUGCCCGUGGUCCCAUCAAUUUACCUGCUACUAGAGUUGGUCUGCAACCCGGUGAACAUUGAUUCUUGGUACUUAUUAGGGACAUUUUCCAAACGUCAAUUGUUGGCUGUAAAGAGUUUCGGUGCAAUGGUGUAGUUGUGAGCAGCUAUGAGCAGCACACUAACAUUGCAUUGCGUGCCUAAACCCUAAAAGUCCAUCAUAUGACAUACUUUCAUGUUGUUUGUCUUGAAGACCAGAUUGUGCUCAGCAAAGUUUGUUUGUUUUUUGUUUUUGUUU